GGUCUCAGGUAUAGGAGGGGUCUCAGGGCGGCACAGGAGGAGGGGCAGGAAGUGCUGCUGGUCGGUGCUGAUGGAGAGCGCACACAAAGCACAGACGCAGAUGCGCGAAGGGACGGAAGAUCACACAGACAGUGCCGGGAUAUAUAGAGAGAGACAGUGCCGGAACACAGAGAGAGACAGUGCCGGAACACAGAGAGACAGUGCCGUAACACAGAGAGAGACAGUGCCGGGACAGAGAGAGACAGUGCCGUAACACAGAGAGAGACAGUGCCGGGACAGAGACAGAGAGAGAGAGAGAGAGAGAGAGAGAGAGAGAGAGAGAGAGAGAGAGAGAGAGAGAGAGUGUGUGUGUGCCGGGAUAUAUAUAGAGAGAGCCCGGGACAGGGUGCAUGGAGAGACAGCUGACUCACUGAUAGUUCUGCAUCUACCCGGAGAGACCGCUCACCAUGAUCCUCGCCUGGAUGCUGUGCGGGUGUCUUGGAACAGCCGGGAGUAACCCGAGUGCGAGAGACAUCAGCAAAGGAGUGGACUGGCUGACACGGUACGGUUACCUGCCGCUCCCGGAUCCCUACUCCGCUCAGCAGCAGACAUUGGACGGACUGAUAAAAGCGGUGAAGACGAUGCAGAGAUUCGCUGGUCUGAGGGAAACAGGGGAGCUGGAUGACCAGACUGUCGCCAUGAUGCACAGACCUCGCUGCUCUCUCCCUGACGUCAUUACAACACCGGAGGGACGCCGCAGAAAGCGAUUUGCUUUGAGUGGGGCGGUGUGGCAGAAGAGUCACCUGACCUGGAGAGUGAAGAGCUUCCCCGUAUCACUGGACCAGAGGACCACGCGGGAUCUGAUUGGCAGCGCCCUCUCAGUGUGGAGCCGGGAGACGCAGCUCAGCUUCUCAGAGACCCAGAAUGAAGCCGACCUACGUGUUAGCUUUGUGGGGGGAUCUCAUAUGGAUGGGUACCCAUUUGAUGGCCCAGGAGGUACCCUUGGACAUGCCUUCUUUCCUGGCGUUGGGCCCAGUGCUGGAGAAACCCACAUGGACGCCGAUGAGUCGUGGACGUAUAAUGUGGACCACGGGACGGACCUGUUUGCAGUGUCCGUACACGAGUUUGGACACGCGCUAGGACUCUUUCAUUCAUCUGAGGAAAACUCCAUCAUGAAGCCGUACUACCAGGGGACACUGGGGGACCACAGGAGAUACAGACUAUCUCAGGACGACGUGGAGGGAAUUCAGACUCUGUAUGGUAAAAGAACAUCACACAAUGGAGCCACACCUCCACGUCCCAUGCCCACUCGCCCGAUAAUUCCCCCGCAAGGGCCAACUUACCAGCCCCGCCCUCCAUUCCCUGAUCGCUGCUCCACCCACUUUGAUGCGGUUGCAAACAUCCGGGGAGAGGCCUUCUUCUUUAAGAACAGGUACUUCUGGCGAGUGCAGUCCAGCAAGCAGCUGGUCUCUCUGAUGCCGGCACACCUCAGUCGCUUCUGGCUGGGGCUGCCCGCCGACCUUCCCAAGGUAGACGCAGUGUAUGAGAGGACCAACGACAGCAAGAUCAUCUUCUUUUCAGGGACCAAGUACUGGGUGUUUAAGGACACUCUGGCCGAGCCAGGCUACCCACGGCCACUGACGGAUUUUGGGCUCAAUGAAGAUGGUGUUGAUGGAGCCUUUAUCUGGAAGCACAACCAGAAGACUUACUUCUUCAGGCGGAACCGCUACUGGAGGUUUGAUGAGAAGAAAGGGCGCAUGGACCACGGCUAUCCCCGCGACAGUGGCCAGUGGCUAGGUCUGCCUACGGACUUAGACGAUGUCAUCAGUUGGGUGGACGGUGACACGUAUUUCUUUAAGGGAAGUCAAUUCUGGAAAUUCCAAGAUGGGAACCUGGAGGCAGAGCUCGGGUACCCACGUAGCAUCGCGCAGAACUGGAUGUACUGUCUGGCGGCAGCUCCACCCCUGUUACCUACAGAAGAACCCGUGGGACGCGGUCAGUGCAAUUGUCACUGUCCUACGGGGAUGGGCCUGGCUGCACAGGGGGCCGGACUGUGGGUCACCGGCAUGGCGGCUGUGCUCAGUCUAUGGCUAUCUGCGUCAUGA